AUGUGUGUACUAAUUCUGUGUCUUUUAUAACAGGUGGUGCUAGAAGUAAACAGUGAAUUUAUUGUUGAGGUAAAGGAAUUAGAUAUUGCAAAUGGAACUACAAAAUGGCAAACUGUCAGAAGACAGAAGAGGGAGUGGAUCAAAUUUGCAGCAGCUUGUCGAGAAGGAGAGGACAACUCCAAGAGGAAUCCGAUUGCCAGAAUUCGGUCAGACUGUGAAGUGAGCCAGAGGAUUACAUAUCGCAUUUCUGGGGUAGGAAUUGAUCGACCACCUUAUGGAGUGUUCACCAUUAAUCCUAGAACAGGAGAAAUUAACAUUACUUCAGUAGUAGACAGAGAGAUAACACCACUUUUCUUGAUCUAUUGUCGAGCUCUGAAUUCCCGGGGUGAAGAUUUAGAAAGGCCACUUGAACUUAGGGUCAAAGUUAUGGACAUCAAUGAUAACCCUCCAGUCUUUACACAAAAUGUGUACACAGCUACUAUUGAAGAAAACAGUGAAGCAAACACACUGGUAAUAAAGUUAAGUGCCACUGAUGCAGAUGAAGACAAUCAUUUGAAUUCUAAAAUCGCCUACAAAAUCAUCUCUCAGGAACCAUCUGGUGCACCCAUGUUCAUCUUGAACAGGUACACUGGAGAAGUCCGCACGAUGUCCAGUUUCCUUGAUAGAGAGCAACACAAUAUGUAUAACCUCCUUGUGAGGGGAUCAGAUCGGGAUGGAGCUACAGACGGACUGUCUUCUGAAUGUGACUGUAGAAUCAAGGUUUUAGAUGUCAACGAUAAUUUCCCCACCUUAGAGAAAACUUCAUAUUCAGCAAGUAUUGAAGAAAAUUGUUUAAGUUCAGAACUGAUACGAUUACAUGCAAUUGACCUUGAUGAACAAGGCACUGAUAAUUGGUUGGCAAAUUAUGUCAUUCUCUCUGGAAAUGAUGGAAAUUGGUUUGAUAUACAAACAGACCCACAUACCAAUGAAGGCAUUUUGAAAGUUGUCAAGAUGCUAGAUUAUGAACAAAUGCCUAAUAUUCAUCUUGGUAUUGGAGUUAAAAACCAGGCUGAAUUUCACCACUCAGUUGCCUCUCAGUUUCGAAUGCACUCAACCCCUGUGAUAAUUCAAGUUAUUAAUGUGAGAGAAGGACCCACAUUUCAGCCAAAUUCUAUGACUUUCAGUGUUCGAGAAGGAGUAAGGGGAGACUCCUUAUUGAAUUAUGUACUUGGUACAUACACAGCUAUAGACUUGGACACAGGAAAUCCUGCAACAAAUGUCAGGUAUAUCAUAGGGCAUGAUGCAGGCAGCUGGCUAAAAGUUGAUUCAAGGACUGGUGAGAUACAAUUUUCUAGGGAAUUUGAUCAAAAAUCAAAAUACAUUACUAAUGGAAGAUACACAGCAGAGAUUCUGGCUAUAGAUGAUCAUUCUGGAAAAACAGCUACUGGAACCAUAUGUAUUCAAGUUCCUGAUGUCAACGAUUACUGUCCAAUAAUCUUUGCUGAAAGUGAAAACAUCUGCAUUGAAAACCCAGAAGUUACCAUCUACGUUAGUGAACAUUCUUAUGCGGCUCCCUUUACCUUCUGUGUUGCUGAUGAACCUCCAGGGACAGCUCAGUUAUGGGACAUUAGAUCACUAAACACUACCUCGGCAAUCCUGAUAGCUGAGUCCUUAAGUUCUAGAAUUUACCAUGUUCCAAUUGUAGUCAAAGACAGCUAUAACAGACAUUGUGAAUUGCCACAGAGGAUACAGUUACAGGCCUGCGAAUGCACUGUUAACCAUGGGUGUUUGUACUCUAGCACCACAAGUGUUUAUGGCUCUACCAAUGAUGUAUAUAUCACUGAAGACCAUGUUGGGGGAUCAAAUGUUGGUCUCAGCCGGACAGGGAUUGGCAUGAUUGCUCUAGCUGCCUUACUGUUGCUUUUGUCACCACUCUUACUACUCAUUUGCUGCUGUAAACGAAGAAAACCAGUAGGCUUGGGGACACAGUUUGCUCCUGUGCCAGAAGGGGGAGAAGGAGUGAUUCAGUCUUGGAGAAUCGAAGGGGCCCAUCCUGAGGAUAGAGAUGUGUCAAAUAUAUGUGUGCCAAUGACAGCCUCUAAUACCCAGGAUCGCAUAGAUUCUUCUGAAAUCUACACUAACACCUAUGCAGCUGGAGGGACUGUAGAAGGGGGCGUAUCAGGAGUGGAACUCAAUACAGGAGGCACUGGGGCAGCUACUGGUCUGGCAGCUGUAGGAGCAUCAGGAGCGAUAAGGAGAAGGAGUUCGACCCAGUGGGAAUAUGCAGACAAUGGCCUCAACAUGGCUUUUUUGGACAGCUAUUUCUCAGAGAAAGCAUAUGCUUAUGCAGAUGAAGAUGAAGGUCGUCCAGCAAAUGACUGCUUGCUCAUUUAUGAUCAUGAGGGAGUAGGGUCUCCUGUGGGCUCCAUUGGUUGUUGCAGUUGGAUUGUGGAUGAUUUAGAUGAAAGCUGCAUGGAAACCUUAGAUCCAAAAUUUAGAACUCUUGCUGAAAUCUGCUUAGACACAGAAAUUGAACCAUUUCCUUCACACGAGGCUUGUAUACCUAUCAGUACUGACCUCCCUUUGCUUGGACCUAAUUACUUUGUUAAUGAAUCUUCAGGAAUCAAUAUCUCAGAGGCUGAAUUUCAGGCAGAAAUGGCAAUGCCAGAACCUCUUAUUCAUGGGGAUAUUGUCGUGACUGAAACUUAUACUACUGCUGAUCAAUGUAUGCAACCUACAACAAUUGUUUUUGACCCUCAGCUUGCAUCCAAUGUUGUAGUAACAGAGACAGUAAUGGCACCUGUCUAUGAUGUUCAAGGGAAUAUUUGUAUUCCCGCUGAGUUAGCUGACACACACAAUGUAAUUGUUACUGAGAGAGUGCUCUCUAGUCCUUGUAUGCCUGACAUGAACAGUAGUAGCAUGGCUGAUGGCUGCAUUUUAGUAACACCAGAAAUUCAAGUGACACAGAUGGUGAGUCCAGACAUUCACAUAAGUCAAACUAUUGAUUCCACAUCUCCAAUGACAUCAAGACACAGAGUAACACGGUAUAGCAACAUACAUUACUCACCACAAUAA